UCAGGGAGCGCGCAGCGCGGGGAUCGCCGGUGCACUGUGCCCUCGGACACAGGGGUUCACGGAAAGAGCCGAAGAUGUCGGCUCGGUCAUGUGAUCAGCUGUGUCCAAUCACAGCUGAUCACAUGGGACAUGUACACUGAUCAUUUGGGCACUGAUGAUCAGUGUGCCCUGAUGAUCAGUGUGGCCCCAGAAGUGCCACCUGUCAGUGUCCAUCAGUGCCAGCAGCCAGUGCUCAUCAGUGCCACGUGCCAGUGCCCAUCUGAGCUGCCUUUCAAUGUCACCCAUCAGUGCCAGUCAAUGCCACCUAUCAAUGCCAAUCAGUGCCACCUAUUAGUGCUGCCAAUCAGUGCCACCUAUCAGUGCCAAUAAGUGUCGCCUAUCAGUGCGCAUCAGUGCCAGUCAGUGUCGCCUAUCAGUG